AUGGCUAUCAUGAGAAGAGAUAUGCACAUAAAGAUCCCCGAACCCACAUGGGUAGGGCUAUGUGCAGCGAUCGACGAAAGAGACAUGGCUAGGGAGAACGCGGGAUCAUCAGAGAGAACCUUUGAUCAAGGAGGGCUAAGUAGGUACGGACUCAACACAACCAAAGGCUCGGAGCCUCUGCGUAAACUAGAGUACCUUGGAGCCUCCACCCUUGCUGAGCAUCCCAUUUCCCUUCAAGGCUUCUUGGGCUGGGACACGGGUUUCCACACCAACGCUCACCAUCUCCACCACCACCACCACCACUACUACCACUGGGCACUACGGUCUCCCACCGCCGCUUCCACCACUUGCCGCCGCUGUCGAUCAUCCCCGAACCUACUUCUUGAAGGUUGUUGGUUCGUGCUGCACUGUGCAGAGCUGGCUGUCUUUCGUCUUCUCAGUUUUCUUUCGCCUUUCUCUCGUCUCGAUCCUGGGCAUGAUAGGCCUAAGAACAUGCCCGCAGUCGACGUGACUAGAAGCUUUGUUCCCGAUCGCAAGAUGAAUCCCGCCAACUUUGCCAGCCAUGGAGGCGCAAUGCCACUUGGUGACAAACCGCCGGUUCCCCAGAUGCAAACCCAACAAUCCAAGAACGAAACCACGCAUCAAGUCCUCCUCAAAAAUAUAUUUUCAGCUUUGCAGUCGCAGGGCCAAUUUCAGGGUUGGCAACGGGAAGUACCUCUUCGAGAUCAAGGGGGUAAAAUAUAUCAGAUCAUUUCUUCAUUACGCUUGGUCGAACCUCACGUACCCCUUCAGCGGGCUUUAUCCGUCGCUGUGUCUUUUGAAGAAAGAAUUUUUAAACAAUCAAGAGAUAGAGUCGAGUAUGAAAGGGAAUGUAACAACAAACUUGGGCAGAUAAGAGAUAGUAGACAGCAACGUGCCGCCAACAUGAUGCAAAGCGGAAUGACCAUGGCACACGCCAGCCCUCAUGCUGGAAUUGCUGCUCCUGGCCAAAAUGCCGCACAGACAAACAUCUUUCCUACUCAAUUUCAACGCCAAAUGCAGGGCUCUCCCAUACCGAUUCAACAACCACAACAGCCGGGUUUGAGAAUGAACGCUCCAAAUCAACAAUCGCCAAUGCAACAUCCUGGUUUCCUCCAAAACGGUUUACCGCGAGUGAAUGCUGGCAUCUCUCGUGAUGAGGCCGGCGCCCUCCAGCCUCAUGAAUUAGAACAUGUUCGUCAAAGAGCGGAGCAAAUGAUGCAACAGGCCUCACCCGCAACAAUACAAAAGCUGAGAUCAAGCUUCCAAAAUAUGCCUCCAGAGCAACUACAACGACUGGCCCGGGGGGGAUUCGAUCCAGUUGUACACUUUUUCCGCGCACAGGCUACAAGAGAGCUUAGAAGAAAAAACAACCCUCAAGAGAUGAUGCUCCCUCAGAACACUGUUCUCGAUUCCGCGAAUAAUACGAUCGCCAACCCUAUGAUGACACCCGCCCAGAGGCAAAUACCUCAGUCUCUUAUGGGCCUCCAAGGCAAUUCUACUAUCCCCAUUAACGGACAACAGAAUCUUGACACUGCAACAUAUGUGGGAAACAUUGACCAUAUACAAGGGCAACAGGCAGAUGGGGUCCGCUCACAAGAAGCUGGUCAACUUGUUGUUCCGGCCAAUACCCCCCAGGUCGGAAACCAACCACAAUUCAAUGCACCCCCGGGCAUGUUUCAGGAUGGACAGCAAAAUGUUAAUAGAAGUACUCUUAACCAUAUGAUGCUGGCCCAGCAACACCAACAACGACAGAACCUUCACAACCAACAAGAAACUGUUCAGCAUGCCGCACAGUUUCAAGCACAAGCAGCACAGGUCCAGGCUCAGGUUCAAGCACAAGCACAAGCACACGCCCAAGCUCAAGCACAAGCACAAGCGCAUGCCCAAGCCCAGGCACAAGCUCAGGCGCAAGCACAGGCACAAGCGCAGGCGCAAGCACAGGCGCAGGCACAGGCGCAGGCACAGGCGCAGGCACAGGCGCAGGCUCAAGCACAGGCUCAAGCACAGGUUCAAGUUCAACAGGCACAGGCACAGGCACAAGCUCAGGCUCAGGCUCAGGCUCAGGCACAGGCACAGGCACAGGCACAAGCUCAGGCUCAGGCACAGGCCCAAGCUCGUGCCCAAGCUGCUGUUAAAGCACAAAUGGCAAUGUCAUCUCAACCAAAUCCUCAGCUUCCUCAAUCUUUAUCCCAGCAAAGCCCUGCAAUGUCCGCGAUCAAUAGACCUGUCGGACCCGGCCAGCUCUCUCAGUCCCAGAUUGCCCCUCAGGGUAGGCCUCCGUCAAGACCUCCAGGUAUGGGUCAAGAGCAGUCGGUUAUGCCCAGUCCCCAACCCGGUGUGCCUCAGGGACUGCCUGCUAGCCUUCGAAGUCAACUGGCCCAAAUGUCACCAGAGCAAGCCAACCAGUUUUUACAAAGCAACCAGCGACGUGUUUUUUUAAAUAGCCAAGCAAUGGCUCGCCCAGGACAACAGCCGGGUGUUCCUGUUCCACAGGUUUUGUCAGAUCCAAAUCAGCAGCAACAAGCUCCAAAUGGCCAAUUGGUUAGUGAGGCGGCAAUGCGAAAUGCCAUGGCUAUGCCUCCUCAAUCCGGCUUAGGCGUGACCCCACCCCAGAAUCAGAGCAUUCCACGCCAACAUCUAUCACAACAACAGCGACAGCAGGAGCUUAAGCUCCAAUUCGCUCGACAGCAAAGUGCUAGUAUAGAGAUGACGGAGGAUCAGAUCAAAGAAAUGGAUGGACUUCCUUUUCCUCCCCCACUUGUGAAUGCAAAUGCCAAUAUAGCGCAACCGCUGCCCAAAGGUGUUAGGACAUGGGGACAACUCAAACUUUGGGUAGCCCAAAACCCACAUGCCCUUGGCGAUGCCACCCUUCCUAAACUCCAGGCCAUGCAAAAAUAUCACUAUGCACGGUUGAAUUCACUGGGAGAGGCUACCCGAAAAUCGGAUCCAAGCCUCCUAGUGUCUGGAGCCGCACCACCCGUCGUUCCUGCACACUCCCAGCCCUUCAAUCCCCAGCAAGGGAUCCAGCCAGGGCAACAGCACCGCCCUCUUCCAAACAUGCCUAUGAUGCGUCCAAUUACAGCCAACGAAAUCCAGAACGCGCGACAAAAACUCGGCCCUCAGUUGCAGAACUUUACAGAUGAUCAAAUCAAAACCCUCCUGGAGCGGAAUCGACAAAGACAGUUUAUUGAAGCCCGUAAUAGGCAAGCAGCAGCUCAAGCACUUGGAGCUCAGUCGAUGAAUCAAAAUCAACCAUUUAUUCAUCCCCCAGUUCAAGCCCAAACCCAACCUCAACCUCAACCGCAACCGCAACCGCAACCGCAACCGCAGGCUCAUCCUCACCCUCUGCCUGUGGCGCAACAGAUUCCUGUUCCCUCCCUACAACCACCAACAGCGCAAAUAACCCAGGCCCAGAUAUCUCCCCCAAGCAGCAAGCCAGCAGCAGUUACUGCGGUCAAGGCGCCACGUGCGUCAACUGCUAAACAAUCGAAAUCUCUCAAACGGCCCAAUGCUGACGAUGCCGUUGAUGUUCAAAAUCCGAUUACCCAACAGCCGCAACGACAGACCCCGGUUACCCAGCCUACCCCCAAACCGGCCAUUCCUGUGACCGCACAACAAAAGACCCUGCUGGAGGGUCAUAUGCGACGACAACAAUCGCAAUCGCAACCGAGACAACCCAUUACGAAAGCCAUUGCUGAUGAAAUCUGGAACCGCCUUCCUGAACAUAUCCGGCAGUUAUAUUCAGAAUGCGUUCAGCAUGAUCGAAACGAUACUCCUGUCUCAAUGUCACCUGAACACAAAAUGAUGGUAUCAAAAAUUCUCACAGAUUCUACGGAUAUGCUCGGGCGUAUGGAGGCUUUAAUUCACUGGAUCGCCAAAUUGCCUAAUCAAGAGAAAACCCUUCACGCUCUAUUGCAAAUGAGAGUGGCAUUGAUGAAACAAUUCAAGGGCCCCGAGUGGCAACUUGUCGAUCAGUUUACCAUUUCUCAACCACAGGUAGUGUCCGCCAUCGCUUAUAUUAAGAAGUGGUUCGCGGCGAUGAUCAGUUACCUCCCAAAACCAAACCAGUCAUCAGCCGCAGCGGCAGCAGCACGAAAUGCUGUGCCCCAAGGAUCACCGCCUCAACAACAAAACGUGCAGCCAGCCAUCCCACCUCUGAAUGCGAGCAACCUUCAGCAACUUGAACAACAGCAAGAAGAAGCUUUACAGCGCACACGGCGAGCACACACUCAAGCGGGACCUACUGCUCCGACAACUUUACAGCCGCCCUUCCCAUUAGGAGCGCCAUCACCACAGGGUGUUCCUCAGGCAUACGGACCACCUGGCUUGACCAAAGACAAAUUGGUAAUCCCACCAGCAAAGAGGCGGAAGCAAAAUCCAGCGGCAGCCAAGACACCCACGCCUUCGUCAACUCCGGCAGCACCAGCAACGACACCCCAGCCUCAGAAGCUGAGCCCUGCCGUAGCAAACCAACCUUCCCCACCUGUGGCAAGCUCCUUUCGAUGCCCUGUAUCUGAAUGCGAACAUCAUAUAAGAGGUUUUGCUUCUCAAGCAGCCCUGGACACCCAUGUCGAGGAGAUUCACAAGGUUGAGGAACCUGUUGCAAAUCCGCUUGAGUUUGCCCUUGAAAGCUAUCGUAUUGGCCUGGGUAUCGAUCAAAUUGAAAAGAAAACACAGGAAGCAGAAGAAUCCAAGCAGAAGAACGCUCCUGGUCCUGAAACUCAGCCACAAACACAAGCAAGCAAACCAAUAGCUACCCCUAAGACCAAGAGUGAACAUAUAGCACCCGGAGCUACACCUAUUGGUCGUUCUUUAUGCCAAGCUGGCCCAAUAAAAUCAGCCUCGCCAAGCUCAAACAACGCCAAAUUAUCUCAAGAACCCCCCGCAAAAGGAGCAACUACGUCGAAUUCCAAGUUGGCGCAAACCAAAACCAACAAAAAAGAUAGAGGUAAAAACGGAGAGCAAGGUUCCCCUCAAGAAGAUAUGGUCUUUGUCAAGGACCCGUGGGCUGAAAGCGCGAUCUCCCUCGAAAGCAUCCGUUCCGCAUUUAGUGAUGUGGGUGACCAAAGCUUCCCAGGCCUCGGACCGGAUCCUAUCGAUGAUGUAUUGGCCUCUGAAGCCUUCAUGAAAAUUCGAUCCAAUGAUACGCCGCAGUCUACAGAUACGGGACCUAAUACGCAAACCCCCAAGGAUACUGACAGUUCCAGGGACGACGACUUAGAUAUAAUGAUGAGUGGGACGAGCGAUGAUAGCUGGAUACCGUCGGACUGGGUUAAUCUUCCCGGGCAACUUGAAGGGGGUUUGCUCAUGAACGAGCCCUGGGAAGAAAUCAAUUGGGAGGUCAUGGAGAAAAGUGAAUUCGAAUUAGCUGCGAGCAGCUUUGAGCCGAUUGUGUAUUCGAUUUAG